CCUGGCGGUGCAAAGGCCCCACGAUGUUCUUCGGCCAAGGGGACAGUGGAGGAACCGUGGUGCGGAGAUCCAUGGCCCGGCGGCCAGCUUCUCACCUGAUGGAAGCCAGAUACAAGGCGCCCCGACGCCCGUGCCGCUCCGUCCCCACGGCCCAACUCGCCACGCUGGUGGCUGCCGCCCUGGCGCUGUGCCUGCUUCUGGCACCGCCCACCCUCGCGUGGUACAAGCAAGCGGCGGGGCCCAACUCCUACUCGGUAGGCCACGCUGCGGGGCUGCUGUCCGGCUUCCGUGGGUCCCAGUACGCGCGGCGCUCGGAGCCCCCCGUGGGCGCGGGACCCUUUGGCCGGGCCGGCUCCUUCCCGGAGUUGCGCCCCAGCCCGUGGAGCCCCACCGUCUGCGUCAAGGACGUUACCCCCAACCUGCAUAGCUGCCAGCCGCUCCCCGACGGACGAGCAUCCUUCCUGUGCAAGGCGGACGUCUUCCUGUCACUACGAGCCAGCCAGCGGACUGUCGCAGCGCCUGAGGCGCCGCCUGACACCUGGACGUCGCUUGUCUCCCUGCGGGUAUCCCCGGCACCCUCAGAACCCCCUGGGGCUCGAGAUGGCGACCAGCCGCUGCCCACUCCAUCUCCACAGGCCUGGCCCCUACCAGGCCUGGAGCUCGCCUGAAACACUCUGCACAGGAGCACCCCAAACCCCACUGCUCCAGAAAUGCUGCUGCAGAUGUUCUUCGGUCCCCAGCCUCACCUCGCCCCGGAAGCUUUCUAGAGCCC